UUUAAAUCUCCUUUCUCCCUCCUCCAAUCUUCUUCUAUGACUUCGCAAAUCUCGUCACAUAUCAUCCCAUCCCACUUGCUCGCGGUUGAUUGUGCAAGCUUGCUAUCAUUUCUCAAGCUUCCUGCCUUUCCCCCCUCCCCACCGCCCGGUUUCCCUUCUAGCGAUAACCAAUGCCGGACUCUCCGGAGAAAAUCUCCAUCACGAUCUGUGGAGAUGGUGGAUGCGGCAAGUCUUCAAUCACUCUCAGACUGGUGCGCAGCCAGUGGACGCAUGAGUACGAUCCGACAAUCGAGGAUUCCUAUUCUGUCACGCGUGUCGUGGAUGGAGUGCCCUAUGUCUUGUCUAUCACCGAUACGGCGGGCCAGGAGGAAUACCGCGGACUAUGGACGGCGUCCAACCUGAAAUCAGAUGCUUUCUUGCUGGUCUACGAUAUCACCAAUCAGCACAGCUUGCACGCCCUGGACUCCUUCAUGGAUAUGAUUGAGAUCGAGACUGAACAGCGAGCCGAACAGAGUCACCGCCUGCGACAAGAACUGGGAGACAAUGCGGCGGGCCUGAGGGUGGGCAUGCCGCCGCCCAUCAAGAUCGUAGCUGGUAAUAAGUGCGAUCUGAAAGAGAGUCGGGUGAUCGGGGCUCCUCAGGGCUUGGAGUAUGCCCGCAGGCAUGGGUGCGGCUUCAUGGAGACCAGCGCUCGUGAGAUGGUCAACAUCGAGGAGACCUUCUCCUUGUUAAUCCGCCGAGUGGUUGAGGCGCGCCAGGCCUUUUAUCAUCCGACGGCCUUGAUCCCAGAGCCGGUUCAUGGCAGCGGUUGGCUUCCAGAAUUGAACUCAACAGCUAGCACGAUCGUCCACUCGCCCUCCGUGGAACUGCCCUCUAAACACGUAGCACCCCGACAGCGAGGUUUUGGUUGGCUCCGGGAAAGGAAACGAGUCCAUCAACAACAGGCUGAUAGGUAUCGUUAUGGCAAGUCCAAUCCUCCCAUGCCAUCGCAUCGCGAGAAGCAGCGAAAUCGUUCGGCAGCCAGAACCUGGCGACGAGUGUGGUGCUUUUGAGAUUCUGGUCUGGCCGGUCUGUGCGGGUCCCGGGGUCUGCAUUCCGGCCUGCGUUCUAAAGCGUGUCUUAUAUUCAUAUACCCUCCUGUCUCACACGUUGAUACCAGAAAAGCUAUUGGUUGAAAAAAUACGAGUUGCUCUAGCCCCUUCGAGGACCUUUUCUCGCCAUCACUGACUUCCGAUAACAAGGUUUCUCUUUAGCUCAUGACGAGAUGAACAACAUGCGGGUCAUCGAGUAAUUGUGGCAGCAUGACUGCGAGGCAGUAUGAGGUCAUGGGCCAUGGGCGAG